GGUGAUGUCAGUGCUCUGCUGACAGCUGAUCGGUCCACAGACAGCAGGUCAGCAGGGCUAACAGGUGAGAAGCAGCUGUGAUGAUAAAUGAAACCUUCAUUCAUCAUUUAGCAGCUUCACUGAGUCUUUAGCAGCAGACAUUCAGUUUGUGACGAGGGGUGCCGUGAAACUCAUCAUGGAUCUAGACAGCAUCGAGGGACUGAAUGAAAUCCGUCCAUCCGUCUACAGAGUCGCCAUGAAGCUGCUGUCACUGCAGAAACUCUGUCACAUGGAUGUCGUGUUUGUUCGCCAUAUCACGACAGCCCUCCAAUCAGUGGGCAGAGCAGAGCAGCAGCAGGAGGUGGGGUUGAACAGGGACGAAGUCACCAGGACUCUGAACAGGAUGUUUCAUAGUGUGUCACAGGAAGUGACCAUGUCAGCUCCAGAGGAGAUAUGCAGUCUUAUGUUCAGGCUGUACAACAGGAGUGACACUCAUGUUUCUGCUGCUUCUCUUCAAACUGCUCUGGUCGCUCUGUCUGCAGACAACCUGCUAGCAAAAUACAGAGCUCUGGUCCGAGUCUCUGAGAACAGUUCAGGAUCUGUCAGCAGGUCUGGACUCAGAUCUUUACUACAAGACCUCAGUCAGGUAACCACAGACUACACUUACCAGCAUGCCUCUUUCCUCCUGCUAUCUCUGACAUGUAUAUGUGUUCAGGUUCCUGUUGCGGUGCAGGAGGAAGUAGUUUUUGGUGGCAUGGAGGCAGCAGUGAGGUCGUGUUUUGACGGGGUGUUGACUCCGACAGCGAGCAAAGAACAUGUGUUGUCAUGGCUGCAGAGCGAGCCACACCUGUUGCUAUGGUUACCCACUCUGUUCCGGCUGUCCAUCAGUCAGAAUGUCAGUCACACCGUCCGCUGCCACACCUGCAAGACCUUCCCCAUCACUGGACUAAGGUAUCGCUGCAUGAAGUGUGUGAAUGUCCAUGUGUGUCAGAGCUGCUUCCUGACUGACCGACAGACAAGGAAACACAAAACCCACCAUCCAGUGCUCGAGUUCUGCACUCAGCCCACCUGGAGGGAGUCUCUAUCCUCAUUAGUGCACAGCGCUCGUCAUGCCCUGUUACCACGGCGAUACGUUCAGAGAGAAGCCGAUAGGAGGAAGGUCCUGAUGUGGGUGGAGUCAGGGCAGUCUCCAAACAGUGCUCCACCCCCUUCUGAUGCCUCAACACAGCUGGCUGACUCAGCUGUCUGUCACAGCCCCUCCUCUAAUGGAGAUAUUUCCCAUGAUGCUUCAGCACGCCCUCCUUCCUGCUUGUCAUCUUCUAAAGCUCUGCAGACUGAGGAGGAGAUGCCGACUCAGCAGGCGUCAGCGCUGCUGACUGAAGUCAGAGAUCUGCAGAGGGACAAAUGGCUGUUGGAGCAGGAGCUGCAAGCGUGGAGGCUCACUGUCCAAUCGGAGCAGGGUAUCCUGGAGGACAGGUGCUCAGAAAUGGAGGUUACCGUGGAAACGCUGAGACAACACAACCAGCAUCUGCAGGGAAUGCUCACACAGGCUUUGAACAAGAUGGAGGCUCAACAACAAGCCCACAACACGCCACAUGAUGUCAACACAGAGAGCACAGAGAGAGAAAACAUCACACCAACACAGAGAAACACUGAAGAAGAAGAAGAGGAGGAGGAGGAGGAAGUGUUUAUGAACACAGAGGAUGAGUGGAGUGAGAAUGGAGAACAAACUCCAUCUCCCACAUUCCACCAGGAGACACCUCCGUCACAUGACAUCCACUAUGAGGAAGAGGGGUCUGCAGGUGACAGAUGUCUCUGUUGUCCAGUAGAACAAGAGAAUAGACCAGAGGAAGUAAGGCCACAGGGACAAGAGGCUUAUCUGUCUGAAGAAGAGGAGUAUUGUGGGACAUGUAGUCCAGAGGAGCUGCUGCAGGAAACAGUUGACAAACUGAAGAAGGUGAUGGAGGCCGACAGGUGGACAGAGAGAUGGACAGGUGACAGGAAAAGGGUUGAGCUUCUAGAGGCAGCAGACCAUGUGGGAGACUCGAUACAUCAGCUGGUGGAUGCCGUGAGGACAAGCACACACUGACCAGAGGAAAUAUUAUUCAGGUUAUAAAAACUGUUUAUUCAACCUUAACUUAUUUAAAUAAGCACAAGUGUAAAGGUAGAAAAUGUUCUGAUGUUAGCAACAGGAAAUAUUAACAAACAGUAACAACAGCACCUGUAAAAAAAAAAA